AUGGAAGAUGGCGAUUCUGUGAUCGAAAAGACAGUAGAUAGCUCAGCUGAACCAUUUGAUUCCGAUAGUGAGGACGAGGGCUCAAAUUUUGACAAGCAUGCCGCAACGAACCUACGACAGAAACAAAAUCUUCGAUUCAAACAGCUUUUAUCUGCUCGGGCGGAGGCUAUUACAGCGGACGACAUCAAGGAAGCGAUUCAAACAACCAAGGAAAGCGAACUGUCGAUGUCCAAUAUUCUUGCAAAACAAGACUUUGCCUCCGUGGUACAUGACCCGCGAGAGUACCAAAUGGAACUAUUUGAAAAGGCGAAAACUUCAAACAUAAUUGCUGUAUUGGAUACGGGGUCCGGAAAGACACUGAUUGCGGUACUACUCCUGAAAUAUAUUUUAGAGCAGGAAUUAAUAGAUCGGAGUUACGGAAAGCCUCAUCGAGUGUCCUUUUUUCUGGUCGACAGCGUCACUCUUGUUUUUCAGCAAGCAGCGGUUCUUCAGAAUAACAUUGACCAGAAAAUAGAUAGGUUCUGUGGGGCUAUGGAAACGCAUCUGUGGGAUCAAGAAAUGUGGGCAAAGCACCUUGAGAAGAAUAUGGUCAUUGUUUGCACCGCUGAAGUGUUACACCAAUGCCUACUUCAUUCUUUUGUAAAAAUGGAAAAUAUCAAUCUUUUGAUUUUCGAUGAAGCCCACCAUGCGAAAAAAGACCAUCCUUAUGCGAGAAUUGUGAAAGAUUUUUACCUAAGAGAGGUAGACUUCAAAAAGCCUAAAAUAUUUGGUAUGACAGCUUCUCCUGUCGACGCCAAAGUAGACGUUGUUAAAGCCGCUAGGAGACUUGAAACAAUGCUUAACAGCCAGAUUGCUACCGCUUCCAAUCUUUCGCUCCUACAGCAGACAGUUGCACGGCCGAGUGAAGAACGUUGGGUGUACGAUCGCCUGAAUGCGCCGUUUGAGACUCCAUUGUACACGAAAUUACAUUCACGCUUCGGGAAUGUACGGGCCCUAGAAAAAACUUUCACAUAUUCUCUAUAUGCUUCUUCAAACUUGGGUGCUUGGUGUGCUGACUGGGUCUGGUCAUAUGCAUUGGCCGAAACGUCUUUGCCAAAAUUGGAAGGCCGCGCAACACGAACAGCAAUGGGUAACAUACCUGUAGCUAAGAUUAUUAAGGCUGAAUCGGAAAUUCAACAUAUUCGUGAGGCUGGAGAAGUUCUGCGUUUACAUGUUUUUGAAGAACCACUAGGCCGGCCAGAACUUCUCAGCCCAAAGGUUCAGCGAUUAUAUCAUGAGCUCUUGAAGUACUUUGAGAGGCACACAGAUACAAAAUGCAUCGUUUUCACCGAGCAACGGCAUACAGCUAGAAUUCUAUGUGAUCUUUUUUCCAAAAUCGGUACCAAAUACCUUCGGCCAGGGGUGCUUAUUGGUGUGCGCCCUGAUACGUCAGGGGGAAUGAAUGUAUCUUUUCGUCAACAGGUGUUGGAAGUCGUUUCCUUCCGCAAAGGAGAUGUGAAUUGCCUGUUUGCAACAUCAGUUGCAGAAGAAGGCCUCGAUAUUCCGGACUGUAAUCUAAUUGUUAGGUUUGAUCUCGCUGCCACUCUCACAAAAUACAUUCAGAGCCGGGGGCGAGCAAGGCACAGAAACUCAACGUUUGCCCACAUGGUAGAACAAGAUAACGUUAUACAUUCAGAUAGUCUUGAUUAUCUUCAGAAAUCAGAGGGCACUAUGAGACGAUUUUGUACAUCAUUGCCAAAAGACCGCCUUCUUGAUUCUGCUACUGAUAUAGAUCAUCUUUAUGAAAAUGACCGUGAGAGGAAGAGUUAUACGGUUCAAGCCACGGGAGCAAAAUUGACGUUCAAUUCCUCUCUAGUCGUUCUUUCGCACUAUGCUAGUUCUUUGCAAUAUGAAAAAGAAACAUCUACUAGAGUAAAUUACUACAAUAGGCUCUCUCAAGACGCAUAUGUUUGUGAAGUUAUUCUUCCAGAGAAAUCACCAAUACGUGGUGCGACCGGAAGACCAUCAUCAAAGAAGCUGAUCGCAAAGCAAUCUGCGGCGUUCGAGACUUGUUUAUUGCUGAGGGCCCAUGGACUCCUCGACGACCAUUUUGUAUCCACGUACCAUAAGCGGCUCCCUGCCAUGAGAAAUGCCCGUCUUGCAAUUUCACCAAAAAAAUGCAAUCAAUACAAUAUGAUAGUGAAGCCAAAGCUAUGGGAAGCAUGUCGUGGCUCUUUACCGGCGAAUUUCAGCGCUGUCAUUCUAAACAUUUCUCCGUCAAAGGCACUCCGUAGAGAUUACCACCCGCUUGUCAUGUUGACACGUGAAAAACUUCCAUCUAUUCCACAGUUUCCUCUUUAUAUGGAGGAUGAUAUUGAGUGUGAAUUUUCAUGCCAAUCGAUAGCACCCGGCAUAGAGGUAUCUUCCGUUGACUUAGAACUGCUUACAACUUUUACCCUCAGAAUAUUUCAGGACGUUUUUCAUAAAAUCUAUGAGCGGAAUCCCAGAAUGUUUUCUUACUGGUUAGCUCCGUUGAAUUUGCAAUAUGAUGUUUCUUGUGAUGACCUACCGCCACGAACCGCUCUUGACUGGGAGCUGAUGCAAAAUAUUUUUGAUACCCCCGAAAUUCCUUGGUCUCCUCGCCUGACGAAGAAUUUCUUUGACAAUCGAUUCCUCUACGACAGGUGGGAUGGAAGAUAUCGUUAUUUCACCUGCGGAGUUGAGCCAGACCUCCGGCCUGCCGACCGUCCACCCUCUACAAUAGCGAAAAGAAAACAUAUGGGAAGUAUUAUGGAAUAUUCCCUGAAUCUCUAUAAAAAUGCGAGAAAACGGUUCUUAGAAAGUUGUGACUGGAACCAACCCGUCAUUCGAGCUGAACUGGCGCACCUUCGCAGAAAUCUUUUAGAUAAGAGGACAGAGAAGGAAAAGUUGAACGAAGGGAUGAGUUUUAUUUGCGUUGAAGCUCUGGCAAUUUCCGCACUUCCAACUGCCGUUGCUGCGUUUAGUUUCGCUUUUCCAGCCAUAAUAAGCCGAAUAGAAUCGUAUCUCAUUGCGUCAGAGGCAUGCCAAAAACUGGAAUUAUGUAUCCCUCUAGACCUUGCUCUUGAAUCCUUGACUAAGGAUUCGGACAAUACAGAAGAGCAUCGAGCUUUGCAAGUUCACUUCCAGAGAGGAAUGGGCAAAAAUUAUGAACGUUUAGAAUUUCUAGGCGACUGUUUCUUGAAAAUGGCCACGUCCAUAUCACUGUUCAGCAUGAAUCCGGACAACGAUGAAUUCGAAUUUCACGUUAAGCGGAUGGUAUUGAUCUGUAAUCAAAAUCUUUUUCGAACGGCUGUGAAUCUCAAACUAUAUGAGUUUGUCAGAAGUCAAAGUUUUUCAAGGCGAGGCUGGUAUCCGGAGGGCUUGAUCCUACUUCAGGGGAAGGGUCAAAGCAAAACGACGGCUGAGAAUAAACAUUCUCUUGCAGACAAAACCAUCGCAGACGUUUGUGAGGCACUGAUUGGCGCAUCCCUGCUAUCAGGCGGUCCAUUCCACAGAUUUGAUAUGGCUGUCAAAGCAGUGACAACGCUUGUUAGCAGCAAGGACCAUACAGUUUCCAGUUGGGCGGAGUAUUCGCAGCUCUAUAGUUUGCCGAAGUACCAAAUUGCAGUUGUGGAUGCUUCAGAACUCGACCUUGCAACUCAAAUCAAGGAGAAGCUAGGAUAUUGCUUCAAAUACCCAAAAUUGCUGCGGUCAGCUUUCACCCAUUCGUCAUAUCCAAGUGCCUGGGCGAAAGCUCCGUGCUACCAGCGGCUUGAAUUUUUGGGCGAUUCAUUGCUGGAUAUGGCUUGUGUUGAGCAUCUAUACCAUCACUAUCCGGAUAAAGAUCCCCAAUGGCUAACGGAGCAUAAAAUGGCAAUGGUGUCAAACAAGUUCUUAGGGGCGGUUGCUGUAAAGCUCGGGCUGCACUCUCACCUACGCUAUUUUAGUACAACACUACAGUCACAAAUAUCAAACUAUGUCGAAGAGAUCGAAGUAGCGGAGGUAGAAAGCGGGCAGUCUCCGGAUUUCUGGACUUCAACAAAUGAUCCGCCCAAGUGUCUUUCAGAUAUGGUGGAGUCAUAUAUAGGUGCCAUAUUUGUGGAUUCGAAUUUUCAAUUUGAAGUGGUCGAAGAUUUUUUCCAGAGAUUUAUUAAAGGGUAUUUUGAGGACAUAACGAUUUAUGACACUUACGCCAACAAACAUCCUACGACCUAUCUGCAUAACAGGCUGACGAUCGAUUUUGGAUGCUCAAAUUACUGCCUAAAGGCAGGAGAAGUACCAUUCGUUGAUGGGGCUGGUACGCGAGUUUUUGCAGCAGUUCUUGUGCAUGAUGAGCUGGUGGCAGAAGCUGUGGCCUCUUCUGCUCGUUAUGCAAAACUUAGGGCUAGUGAAAAGGCUCUUGUAAAGCUGGAAGGCCUAGCACCAUUCAAAUUCCGUGAAAUAUAUGGAUGUAAUUGUGGCGGUAGUCAUAACGGAGGAGAUAAGAAGGUGCCUACAUAA